ACUCUUCGAACGACUCCAUUUUCAAUUUUACAAAAAUCCCCAAACUUUUGGAGAAUGAGCAGUGAGCACUGUGUCUAAGUAUUAUUAAGAUAUGUUUAGUUUUGAGAUUAAGUUUCAAAUAUUGUUUGUAAGAAAUGUGGAGUUAUUACAAGUGAAGUUAUUUUAAUUAUAAAUCAAAGAUGGAUGUAUUUUUAAAAGACGACGCCAUCGCUUGCUUGAAAGGACGAUCAAUUCUGUUUGUGGGCGACAGUAUUCUUCGAAGCAUUUAUCAGGAUGUUUUGUGUCUUCUCAACACCGGAGGAAAUACAGAUGAACAAGAUUUAAAGAGAAAAGGGAUUCAGAUCCCACGGUUCAUGGGGGAUGUUCUCAAGGAGAAGACUGGAGCACUCACAACAGGCCGUAAUUAUUCGGAGAUUAGAAAUUUUGUAGACGAAGAGAAUGAUAUCAAGAUAAGCUUCUUCUUCACGAGCCGGUGCUUUUCUAAACCGAUCAAGGAGUUCCUGAAGUCCCUUCACAAUAAUAAGCCCGAUAUAUUCAUUGUGCUCAGUGCUGUAUGGGAUAUAAGCAGAUGGGGUUCUUCGGGACCUGCUGAUUAUGAGUAUAAUUGCGUUAAACUUUUGGACUUCGUUAGAAACAAUUUCGAGGAUUCCCGGUUGAUCUGGUUGCUGUGCCCCCCCGUGUCCCCGCAGAUAUCUGGUCCCAUCAAAGUCGAGGGCAUGACCCUGGACAGAGAGAUCAGGUUCCUCAUUGCUGAAGGAAACAAGGUUGUGGCCCAUAAAGUAAUCUCCCACGGGUUUGAUGUGUUAGAUCUCCAUCAUCAUCUUCUUCCUCAGAUUCACAAAAGAAUGGCUGAUGGCAUGCACUGGACUAGUCCCGCAGUUCGGUAUCAGACAAACUUGCUGUUGACCCAUAUCUGCCUGUCACAUGACAUUGAUCUGCCUGGAAGAUGGAGUGGUCUACAAAAUACCGCCUUGGAUUAUGACAUGAAGAUAGCUAAUGAGGCAGAAGCAGGAAGAUCAGAACUAAUAUCUUCUAUGGAGAAGAAGAAAACAAUUCUUAGUCUAAGUGAAAACACAAUAAAUAACAGGGACACAUUGUCAUUAAGAUGUGAACCAAUCCCCCAGACAUACAAGAACUCGGACGUAAACCCCUGCCCAGAGCAAAAUUGGAUUUGGAACAAACCAAACCAACCUAGCAUCUUUAAUCUGACUGAUAAGACUUGUAAUUAUACCAGUAGCUUCAACCAUCCUUUUAAAUCAAGAACAGAGAAGCAGGAUCCAAGUCCUAGAGAAGAUUAUAGUUCUGGUUCAACUAAAUUGAUCGAGGGCUUUGAUUUCCCCCCUGUAUAUGUUCUUAAUCCUUCUAAAGAGGAAUCAAACGCUGAAAAAUCAAACCCAGGAAAGUCUUCGCCGGUAUAUGUCAUUUUAUCAUCAGAUGAGGAAUCUUCACACACUGUUUCCCACUCAGAAGAAUUGAGUAUAAUUGAAUCACAUAGAGAAACGGACAGAAAGAUGAAAAUGGAUCAAACUUCAGAGAGAAACUCUAGUCCUGAGGAUUGGUUGAAGUCAAAGGUCUCAGUAGGAGACCGUUUUUGCACAAACUUGGUGACAAAUCAAGCUUCCUCCACCUUCUCCCAGCGCAGUAGAUCCAGAUCUUCACACAGAAACAGCCUUUCAAGCAACCAAGGUGUCCAUGACAGGAGAAGAUCAAGAUCUCUCAGCAGAAGUAGCCAGUCAAGCAACAGAAAUGUGUAUCACAGGAAAAGAUCAAGAUCUUCUAGCAGAAGCAGCCAGUCAAGCAGGCAAAGGGCUCGCAAGCUGCGGAGAUCAAGAUCUCAAAGUAGAAGCAGUGAGUCCAGCAGGCAAGGUGUUCAUGACCUGAGGAGAUCAAGAUCUCCUAGAUCUCCCAGCAGAUUCAGCCAGCCAAGCAAGAAAGGAGCUAAUUUCAGGAGGAGAUCAAGAUCUUCAGAUAUUAAAUAUCCCAAUGGAUCAGUACAAAAUAAAAGAAAAAACCAGGGCUUUUCGCAGACAUUCAAAGACAAGUUCAGUGCACCUCUGUUGAGAAUAAAAGGAGUUCGCAAAAGAAGUAAAUCAAAGAAUGGGAGAAGAUCAAGAUCUCCUAGAAGAGAUCAUGACGUCGGAAAUGGAAAGGAAAAUUCAAGCAGAGCUAGGUUGAACUCUAUAUUAAAGCAGACACGAUUUAAAGCUACAAAUAUGAGAAGAUCAAGAUCUCCAGCUAGUAACAGCACCAGCUCAUUCAAAUUUGGAAGAUCACCGGAAAGGAGUAGAUCAAGAUUUCCAGACAGAAGUAUUAGUCCAUGGAAGAACCCACAUAAUAACCAAAGACUUGUAACUAACUUACCUGGAGCAAUGUCUAUACCGUCAGAUAUAACAAACCCCUUUGAUUCAAGGAAUAAUCAUCUGUCGAGCAGACUUGUAACUAACUUACCUCGAGGAGCAAUGUAUAAACCGCAAGAUAUAACAAACCCCUUUGACUCCAGGAAUAAUUAUCAGAACAGGUUUCUUGACAGAAUGAAUUCUUGGCAGCCAGCUAAUGAAUCAACAGAUCGUCCGUGGUUUCAGGAUAGGGUUACCGAAGAAGGUAAUAGAUUCAACAAUCAAGAUAGGAGAUCAAAGAAAAGAGAUAGAUCUCCUAUCUAUAGUUAUAAUUUCCGAGAAAAAAGACGACGGUCUAGAUCUUCUGACAGGUUCAGAGGUGCAGGAAAUAGGAACAGGACUGAAAGAUUUGGUCAAGGACCAAAAAACGGAUUCGGAGUGUUAAACAAGGCAUUAACGGAUCUGAUGUCAUUCAUUCAAGAGGUCUGAGGUGUUGUUGCGCCACAUCAUUACAACCCCAACCAAGGCCCUUGUUUUAUUUUGAAGUGGAAGACUGGCUUGAAAGUAGAAUCUCGACAAAUAUCAAGAUCUACUGUAUUGACAAUAUCCAGAACAACAGUUCAGAUUCAUCUGAAUUAUCGACCAUCGUCCAAAUUAUUAGAAGUUCAGAAUAUAUAUCUGAGCUGAAAACUUUAGAAUGGAUUAAGGAUAUCCCAUUCAAAAGUUCCCAUCUCUGAUCACAAUACAUUUAAAUAUUCUUUAUCAUUUUGUAAAUUUGCCGCCAUCAGUUAUGAAUCUGAAGAGUUUUGAGAUUUGUUUCUGUAUGGUUAUGGUAUUUAUUAAAUUGUGUGAUAAAACUGUUAUAUUAUGUGGCUUUAUUUAUUUAUGUUCCUUCAUAAAAUAGAUAAUUUUCUUCAAA